UUUGUACUCGUUAUAAACAAGAAGUCUGAUCCUUUUUCAAAGAAACAAAAAAGAGUAAUUAUUUUGAAUUUCCUUAAUUCUCAAAGCAAGACAAUGGCAGGCAACUCACUUCUCUCAGUCUCAGCUGCUGCUACAGGCAGAAGACUAGAAGGUAAAGUAGCAGUGAUCACUGGAGGGGCUACAAGCAUUGGCGAGUGUAUAGCUAGAAGCUUUUGCAAACAUGGGGCUAAAGUAAUAAUCGCUGACAUCCAAGACGACCUGGGCAAGUCAGUUGUUGAAGAUCUUGGAACCGAAAUAGCCGUGUUCGUGCAUUGUGAUGUAACAAUAGAAUCUGACGUUCAAGAGGCUAUAGACACUGCAGUCUCCGUCUUCGGAAGGCUGGACAUAAUGGUGAACAACGCAGCCAUAUGUGAUCCACGUAAACCCAACAUCAUCGACAAUGAGUUAGCCGAUUUUGAGCAAGUGGUGAGAGUUAAUUUAACAGGUGUUUUCUUGGGAACCAAACACGCUGCUCGACCAAUGAUUCCUGCUCGCCAAGGAAGUAUAAUUAUGAUAGGCAGCGUUUGUUCGAGUAUUGGAGGAGUUGCUUCACACGCAUACACCAGCACAAAACAUGCCAUUGUGGGUCUAGUGAAGAAUGCAGCAGCAGAGCUUGGGCGAUUUGGAAUUCGAGUGAAUUGCUUAUCGCCUUACUUCAUUGAAACACCAUUGGCGAGGAGCUUCUUCAAGAGAGAAGACUAUGGAAGGAGUGGUGGUGCAUAUUCAAAUCUGGAAGGGGUGGAACUAAAACAGGAAGAUGUAGCAGAAGCUGCCAUUUUUUUAGCAAGUGAUGAGUCCAAGUACAUAAGUGGUCAUAAUUUAUCAUUAGAUGGAGGUUUUACCACCAUUAAUCCAGCUUUUGGUUUGUUCUCAAGGUUUGAAUAAAUCAAAUAAAAUGAGCAGGAUUUGGUAGAAAUCAACUUCAAUUCUGUUGGAUGUAACGAAAAUCUAUAAUGUGAUUAUUUAAUGUAAUCAA